AUGAGGCUCGGCAUCAUCCACAUCGCCUUCUUUGGCACUCUGAUGUGCGCCAAUGCCCGCGUCACUCCUUGGCAGGAUUGUUCGAACCUGAUUAAGCCGCUGUCAGAGGCGCUGGACACCAGUGCAAGUAGCACGAGCAAAUGGCUGGACCAAGCCGGCAUCAAGAUCAAAGACGAGUUCUGCAAGUUCGACCGCCGCGACCGUCGGGCCCGCAACACCGGCUGGUUCCAAUGGGCCAAACGUCAACCUCCAGCCCCCUGGUACGAGGAAUUCCUCGGCAUCGAUCCGCCCGCCCACUUAUGCGACUUGGGCAUCGAGGUGCGCAAGGUGUUCCAGCGUGCCGCCGGAGCGAGCAACACCCCUUUGAAGAGGGGUUUCCGAUUCUCCCAAAAGACCUCCAGCGCUUCAUCUCGGUCUUCGGUCUCGACGACCCGCUCGUACAUGGUAUACACAACCUCCUCCUCGGUCCCUUACAAGGUCAUGGGAAAGAUGUUGUGGAAAAUCGCCAAGUUCGGCGUCCUGGUCUCCUCGUCCUCGAACCCUUACUAUGUCAUGGAAAGGUCUUGUGGGAGAUCGCCAAGUUCGGCGUCAUGGUCUACCUGGCGAUGUUUUGGCGGCCACUGCUCUGGGCUUUUGGCUUUUGUGGCAUCGGAAUAUUAG